AUGGAUCCUCUUCUCACAUUUUGGAUUGAUGUGCUGCAGUCGAAUUUUGCUCUCUUCGGCAGAGUCUACAAUAAGACAAAUAUGAUCUCAAUCGUUACACUCCUCUUUGGUGUUCUAACCGAAAUAAUCCAGAUCUUCCCUCUAUCUCCUGGCCAGCAACUGCAAAUACGGUAUCCUGGGGGCCAGUGGAUCAAUCCUGGCAUGGAGGUGGAUAUUAGAGAGACAACCGUGGCCCCCGAGAUCAGUAGCAUGAACCUCCGAUGGAACCAGAACUACAUCAUUCUCUUCAUCGACCUCGAUGCCAUCUUACCAGGAAGUUAUAUCCAGUCAGUCAUUCUACACUGGUACCAACCAAAUCUCACAAUGGAUUGCACAAAGCCAACAACGCCUUCCAAACUCAUCCCUGGCAAAGACCACGAGGACCACCAUCAACCCGCAGCCUCGUACAUAGCUCCUCGUGCACCAAUAAAUACUCACCACCGUUACGUCUAUCUCCUCUUUGCACAGCCUCCAGCCUAUCGAUUCCCUGAUUGCUUCUCACAUGUGUUCCCUGAGACUGUUAGAGCCCGCGCGGGAUUUGAUAUUAGGGAGUUUGUACAAGCAGCAGGGUUGGACCCUCCCAUUGCUAUGAACUAUUUCAUUGGUAGACAUGAGCCUUCUGAGGGCGAGACAACCACGAUUACUCACAGUGCGACAACGACCUCGUUCCGUUCCGUGGAUUGUCCCACAAGGACGGUCAGCUCGGUAUCAUGA